AUUGUGCGCAUAUCUGAUCCUUUUCCUAUUUAUGUACAGAGCAAGCGGUCGUAACACAGUACUGGUAGGUGCUGUCGCUGCCUUGUUUUGACGUUUCAACGACAAUUGUCACUCUAAAGGAUGCACAUCGAGUUAUACCCUAACCGGCGCGGUCUGAAAGCAAACGAUCACGAAGAACUGAGGAAUAUUCUGACCUAUGCAAUUGCCGAUGCUGCGACUUCGAGCACGUCUCUGGCCCCGUUUGAUUUAGAUUCUAUGACCAAGAUGUUGGAUUUGGUGGACAAGCUCGAAGGAUGUAUCGGCAAGGAAAAUCCAUAUGCUGUUUGGGUAACAGCGCGGUUUGCGAAAGCAUUCAGUCAUAGCAGAUUCAUCAACUUCAGCGGCCAACCCUGCGUGCGGCUCAAUGCUGAUCAAUAUAUAUACGCCUCGCACCAUCGUUCCUUGCGCAGCGGUUCAUCGGUUCUCAUCCGAAUAUUUGAUGUCUUCCUAUUCCAGUCCGCUUCAACGCACUUAGAAGACCUUCGGCAGAUGUGGGUCGAUCAGAUCGUCCAUUAUCCACGCUGGCAAAAGUAUAUCACCAAGCUCACUUCGGAAUGGGCCCGCUUCACAAUCUUCUCCACUGUGUUACUCACAGCCGACGUGAGUUUGCUGGCUGUCCCAGCUCUUGGAGGCGGCGGAGGCAGCUCUAAUGGCGGCACCCUUUCUAACAGCACUGAAAACAGUACCCCUAGUGGUGGUGACCCCUCGCCACCCGUGGCCUUGCAGAUGACCGCAGCAGUCGCCUCCAUUUACCUUUCCAUCUUUUUCUCUGUGGCAUCCAUACUCACAUCAAUUCAACUCACGGAGCGUAUCGGUGGGAAGGAAUACUCAUCAGCAACCGCAACUUCGGCGCUUUUGCAACGUGCAGAUAAGUCUCUAUUUGGCACGGACUGGUUGGCCAUCAUGUACAGCCUCCCAUAUGCUUUCCUAGUGUGGGGCAUCUUCCUGUUCAUUCUCGGAAUGUCUCUCGUCGUCUUCUCCUCCACAAACCACGCUGUACCCGCCUCCCUUGCUCCAUUCUUCUUCCUUCUCUUCAUAUUCUCUAUCUGGCCUAGUUUUAGUGGUCAUGGAGCAUAUGAGACGCUCGAGAGGUCGUGGCGGAGUUUGUUGGAUUGCGAGAUGUGGAAGAGUCCACGCCAUAGUGAAAGGAAACGGCAGAGGCGCGGAUCAGUGCGUGCGACCGGUGUUUAGAGUUUGAAAAAGGUACUUGAAGGAAUGUUUGCUGUAAUUGUACAUGAUGAUUUCGUGGGCGGAGGGUAGAACAUUUCCACAUAUCUCUGCUUCCACUUACGGAAGGGUUUACCUGAUAUUGCUCUGGCUACCUAAUGGAGACGUGUUGGGCCAAGUGAAUCGAACUCAUCAAUCGCAUAAUGUGAGAG